CAGUGACCACCAGACAUCACAGCUAUUCCUUUUCCACCCCGAACGUACGUCGAUUCUUGAAUAUGAAGGCAGCCUAGCGCCGUUCGGGUGUGAGAACCGCGGCCCAAAGUCCUGCCGGUGUGAUGCUGAGACUAAAUGGAAUCGCGUGACAUUGGUUGUCCGAAGUGAUCGUCGAUUGCGAAAUAAAUACAACGUAUACCUCGCAGCAUGGAGCAUGGAGGUGAUUUACAAGCCGUCGACACAACAUCUGCCAAUGCAAACGCACUGCCCAAGGUGACGACGCCCCACCACGACCUUUUAAUAGUGAUAAUUUACUAUAAAACCGCAAAACGCUCGCAAACCUUACAUCCAUGCUCGACAUACUGGGACAAAUUGACAAUCAGUGCCAACCAUGGAUACCAAAUACAUCAUCCUGCAUUCCAUAAUCGUGUGGCUGGUCGGUAACGUUUACGCGCUACCACGUGUGACGUCGCAGAAUAGCUUCCGAAACCCGUUCGCCUCGACUCUGCGAUCGUAUCUCGAUUUCGGCGGGACAGGAAGCUCGUCGAUAUCCGAGGAAUCUUUCAUCGAUUACAGUCCUCAUUCCGUCACUGUAUCAAAGGAUCGACCAAACAUCUGUACUACAUGUGUUUGCGGCGUCAGCAAUCGGAAGAUGCGGAUCGUCGGUGGCAAUAUAACCGAAGUCCACGAGUUUCCGUGGAUCGCUGGUUUCAGUACGCGCGGAAAGUUCUACUGCGCAGGCAGCCUCAUCACCAGAAAGCACAUUCUCACCGCAGCCCACUGUUUGGACGGAUUAAACAUGAGAGAGAUCCAAAUCGUUUUGGGGAAUCACAACCGAGUCUCCCACGAAAACACGGUGGUUCGUCGUAGAAUCAAAUCUGCACGCAUACACGAACACUUUGAUCCUUACUCCUUCAACAACGACAUCGCUGUCAUAGAAAUGGACAUCUCUGUAGAAUUUGACAGCGUAAUUCGUCCCGCUUGCCUUCCCCAAAACCAAGUCAGUGACUAUACCGGAACCAUGGCGGUGGCGGCUGGAUGGGGGCGUAUCGGCGAGCGCGAAUCUCUCAGCAACGUGCUCCGGAAGGUUGACCUUCCAAUUCUGUCCGACGAAGAAUGUCAGACGGCCGGUUAUGCCAAGAAGCAACUGACCGAGAACAUGUUCUGCGCCGGGUAUCUUAAAGGGCAGCGUGACGCUUGUCAGGGUGACAGUGGCGGGCCCCUUCACGUAACCGGAGCGCACGGUAACUUGGAAGUUAUAGGUAUCAUUUCGUGGGGAAGAGGAUGCGCCAGGCCGCAGUUCCCCGGGGUCUUUACAAAGUUGACGAAUUACCUUGAUUGGCUGCGCAAUCAUCUUGACGGUGAAUGCGUCUGUCCACCACCGCAAGUGCGAUUUGACUCGCUCGAAUCUCAUUACCGCUGUCAAUAUCUCAUGCACAUGACUCCAUUGCCUGUAAAAUUGAACGUAAACGUGUUUUACAGGAAAAAAUACCUGCAGUGUCAACAAAGAUCUACGAUGAAACCAAAUCGAGUUCGAUCGAUACAUCCGAGCAAUGUUCGACUGUACCAGGCAAAAGGUCAGACUGGAUUGCGAUGGGAGUUCUCAAUCAUCGUCCAUCUCGAUACUUUGAUCACAAACGGUGACCGAUCAGCGAGAUUCCUGUUUGACGAAAUAUUUGGAAUCGACGUGUCUGGACUCAGUGGCGACGAUGAGGAAAGAAUUAGGAACUGCACGUGCGAUUGCGGCAUCUCUAAUCAGGAAGAUCGUAUUGUGGGUGGCAGGCCUACAGGACCAAACAAAUAUCCAUGGGUGGGACGUAUUGUCUACGAUGGGCUAUUCCAUUGCGGGGCAAGCCUUCUAACGAACGACUACCUUCUCACUGCCGCCCAUUGCGUCCGCAACCUGCAAAAAUCGAAGAUCCGGAUUGUACUAGGUGACUACGACCAGUACGUGACAACUGAUGGAGUUGCGGUGAUGCGAGCAGUCAGUGCCAUUAUUCGCCACAGAAACUUUGACACGAAUUCCUACAACCACGACGUAGCGCUGCUCAAGUUGCGUCGUCCUGUAAAAUUCACAAAGACUGUACGUCCAAUAUGCCUUCCUAAUCUGGGUUCGGACCCCGCUGGAAAGCUGGGAACGGUAGUGGGAUGGGGCAGAACAACGGAGGGCGGGAUGCUGCCAGGCCAAGCGAACGAAGUCCAGGUUCCAAUACUGAGCCUCACUCAGUGUCGGCAGAUGAAAUACAGGGCCACAAGAAUCACUAGCAAUAUGAUCUGCGCCGGACGCGGGUCACAGGAUUCUUGCCAAGGAGACAGCGGAGGUCCCCUCUUGGUGCCCAAUGGCGACAAGUACGAGAUAGUCGGAAUUGUUUCCUGGGGCGUGGGAUGCGGCCGGCCGGGUUACCCCGGCGUUUACACGAGGGUGGCGCGAUAUCUGAACUGGAUUCAAACCAAUAUGAAGGGCACGUGCAUCUGUGGGAAGACGCUUCGAAUGAGUAACAUGCUGAAAUUAUAUUACUUGGCUGUAGCGACGGUGGUGUUAUUGGGCCAUGUUCAUCAAACGCAAGGAAAGCAGGUAACGGUCAACCGGGGCAAAAACUUCUUCGGAUUCUUCGGUAACAAGCCACCAGAGUCCGAGGCUGCUCCGGAAAAAUGCCACUGCAGUUGCGGUCUGCGAAACGAGGCGAGUCGCAUCGUGGGAGGCCAGACGACGAAAAAUAACGAGUUUCCAUGGAUCGCCAGACUUUCGUAUCUUAGCAAAUUCUACUGCGGGGGCACCCUUGUCAACGAUCGCUACGUGCUGACGGCUGCCCACUGCGUCAAAGGUUUCAUUUUCAGAUUCAUGUGGUUUAUGAUCAAAGUAACUUUCGGGGAGCACGACAGAUGCGACGAAGGGAACAAGCCGGAGACGAAGUUUGUAAUCAGAGCUCUAUCCGGCGAAUUUAGUUUCCUGAAUUUCGACAACGACGUUGCCUUACUACGUCUCAACGAAAGAGUACCGUUCUCGAAUACUGUACGACCAAUUUGUAUGCCCACUGUCAAAGACAACCAGUACGUGGGCACGAAGGCGAUUGCAGCUGGAUGGGGAACCCUGCAAGAAGAUGGAAAGCCGUCGUGCUUACUACAGGAAGUUGAAGUUCCAGUGAUGAGUUUGGCGGACUGUCGCAACAUGAGCUACAAUCCUCGGAUGAUAUCCGACAACAUGCUUUGCGCCGGUUACCGCGAAGGCCUAAAGGACUCCUGCCAGGGAGACAGCGGUGGUCCGUUGGUGGCUGAAAGGGAGGACAAGAAAUACGAGCUGAUCGGCGUCGUCUCCUGGGGGAAUGGGUGCGCGCGUCCGGGUUAUCCAGGCGUUUAUACCCGUGUCACGCGUUAUCUAGACUGGAUACUUGAAAACACAAAAGACGGUUGCUUUUGCGAAGACUGAGAACCGCGUGACGUCACAACCAUGUGCCAACAAUUUUUUCGUUAGUGGUUUGUCAUUCAUAUCGAUCACGGACAGCCGAAUUUUUUAGUUUCGUCCCAAAACGCUUAUUCCUAUAUUCUAGUAUUUUUUGUACACAUAUUUUCAAUAAUUUUAGUUUCUUUUUUUUUAUAAUCAUCUAAUACAUACCGUUGGAGUACGGACGGUGUCUAUAAGGAUUUGUAUAUAUAUCAUAUACGUCCACUAAUUUCGCGGCUAUAUAAACUUAUUUAGCGACUAUGUUUAUAGGAUAUGCUAUAUUUUUCAAUUUAUGUACGUAUAUUUGGUUUUAUUCAAAUUCAAUCGAUUAGUCGGUAUACCGCGCAGAAUAUUUUUUAAUAAACUUCCAGACCAUAAUUUA